AUGAAAAAUGCAAUUGCAGCUGUUCAAAACAGUUUAAUGUCGCAACGAGAAGCUGCAACACAAUUUAAUAUUCCGCGGUCAACCCUUGGUAAAUAUCUUAAAGGAGAUUCAGUUCUUGGUGUCAAACCUGGACCUAGUCCAGUAUUAUCAAUGAAUUUAGAGCUAAAGCUAGUUGAAUAUGCUGCAACAAGAGCUGCACUUGGAUUUGGAUUUGGAAAAAGACAAUUUAAAAAAUAUGCUUCAGAUUUAGCCAUAAAGCACAAUUUAAAGUUUAAGCAUUCAACUCCUUCAGAAAAAUGGUGGCGCUCAUUUAAUCAGCGACAUAAAAAUUUAGUUUUGCGAAAGCCUGAAGGUACUUCAUCAGUUUGUCAUCAAUGCAUGUCUAUACCAAAAGUAGCUAAAUAUUUCUAUUCACUGCAUGAAGUUUUGAGGGACACUCAUGCCCUUUUAAAGCCUUCAAUAAUUUGGAAUAUGGAUGAGUCUGGGCUGCAGAUGGAUUUUAAACCUCCAAAAAUAAUUGCAAAAAGAGGUACAAAACAUCUUCAAUCUCGCACAUCUGGAAAACGUGAAACCAUAACCAUUAUUGCUGCUGUAAAUGCUGCAGGUGGUUCAGUACCUCCACAUUUGAUAGCAAAAGGUAAAACGGCUAGAUCUCUUCAUUCUUUUAAUACUGCAGAUGCACCAUCAGGUUCAAAUUGGAGUUUUAGUGAGACAGGUUGGACAAAGCAAGGAAUUGCAUUUCUUUGGUUCACUAAUACUUUCUUGCCUAAUAUAGGUAGAGAUAGGCCACAGAUUCUCAUAGUAGAUGGUCAUGAUUCACAUAACUUUGUUGAGUUAUUAUCUGUUGCAAUCAAAAAUAACAUACAUAUUGUGGAAAUGCCAGCACAUUGUUCGCAUUGGCUUCAGCCUCUAGAUCGCACAGUAUUUGGUCCACUUAAAACGUAUUAUAAUCAAACAUGUCAUGAAUUAAUGAAUGAAUAUCCUGGAGUUACUAUUAACAAGUCAACUUUUUGUGGGCUUUUUAGAAAUGCCUGGGAUCAAGCUCUCACAGCUGAUAAUAUUAUUUCAGGGUUUCGAUCAUGUGGUAUUCAUCCAUACAAUCCUUCUGCUGUUCCAAGCACAGCUUACUUGCCUAAUUCUGUCUAUUCGUUACAACAGCUACUUGACUCAAAUGAUUUGCUUGAAUCAAGUCUGCAUCCAAUUAAAACUGACACUAAAAUAACAAGAUCAGAAUAUGCAAUAGAAGAGGAAGUUGAUUUUGAAGUAGAAUUAGUUAAUAAACCUGGAAAUAUUUCUGAAUGUAAAAUAGAUAAUCGAAUGCCAAUUGGAGCCAUUGUUCAGCCUAGUCUGACACCAAUUACGUUAUCUACAAACCAUUCAAAUAAUGAUAGUGACAAUGAUAUUUUGCCUUAUCCAAAGAUAUAUACCAUCAAGUCAAAAGAAAAUCGUAAAAAGGUUCAAAAAUAUUUUGUAUUAACUUCUCAAGAAGCAAUGCAAUCUAAAGUAAAUGAUGAGGAGAAAAAAAAAGAGAAAGUCGCAGCAGUUGAAGAGAAAAAAUUGAAAAAGCAAAAAGAAAAAGAAAAUAAAGCACAACAAAAACAGGAGAAAGAGAUACAAAAGUUAUCUAAAAAAGCUAACUCAGUUAGAACGAGACAAUUCAGUUCAAUUCCAAAGAUAUUGGAAUUCAAUAUCUCUUCAGAUAAUCAAAAUAUGUAUUAA